GUCCGUCGCGGCGUAGAGCUGCGCGUUGUUUGUUUGUGUGUGUGUGUGUGUGUUGUGUGUUGUGCGCGCGUGUGUGUGUGUUGUGUUGUCCGUCGUGUUGUCAUUUGUUGUUGUUGUGUCAACUCGCGUCAACGUCGAUUGUUAGCUGUUGUUCGCGCGAACGAGCUCAAUCGCGCUCAAAAUGGCGUGAACCCGAUCCCGCGCGCACUUUUAAGGUUAUCUUCGGCCUUGCGUUGGCGCGCGGAUUUUUUUGGCGGCGAGCGCGCGGACCCGUUUGCUGGCCGUGACGCGUGACGGCCUACAUGCUCGUUGUCCACGUUCGAUGUCCACAAGCACAUUUUCCAUGCCACGAGUUACAUGAGUUAUGAAGACGGAAUGCCCGCAGGCGGUACAAGUCGUUUCCGCGGUUACUCGUCGCGGAUGUCGGAACGACAACAGCUCGCGCUACUUCUGCAAAUGUCAUCUCAGGAAAUGAUAUCAGACGUUACAGGCGCUGCUGGUUCAUCCGACGAGAGUGUAACAGCCGGUCCUGACAAUCCGUGUUCUCCUGCUGAAAGGGGCGGAGCUACAGCGCCGCCGUCGAGCGAACAGGAGCAACAGCAACAGCAGCAGCAGCAGCAACAACAACAACAACAACAACAACAACAACAACAGAUCUACCAACAACAUAAUAACACGCAGUCCCAACAGCAACAGCAGCAACGCGCAGCAGGAAGUGUCGCAGCCGUUGCAUCGCACGUUGCUGAGAACAGUGGAGCCCCCUGUGAAAUGCGGAGAACACCACCGCAAAAUAAAGUUGACAGAUCGGGUACUGGGCAGUCUGGAAGCUCGCCGAGGGUGACGCUCCGGCUCAACCAGGUGCGAGGAACAAGGGAUGAGAAGAAAGGGACGGGCGCUUCGAACUCCCGUCAAGGCGGCAUAAGCGCACAAGGUCAAAGUUCAAUGGAAACUUCGUCGAAGACGUCGGGCAAUGCGUCAUCGGGAAGCACAAAUGCCGCUUCGAACACUGGCACGUCGGGCAACACGUCCUCUAGUGAUAGCGGUGAUGUGUACGAAUUCAAAAGCUCGAAAGAGCCAACGCCGGUGAGAGGCGCAAGCACAUCUCCUAAUCCUAAUCCGGAUAAAGACAAAGAUAGUGGCGGCAAACCUUCAGCUGGCCAAGGUAGUCAGGGAGGUGGCAAUAAUGCGGCCACUACCGGCGGUUCGUCAACAUCGUCCAGUGAAGCGACGACGGCACCAUUGACUUCCGAUGAAGCUUCAGCCGCCACAACGUCGCCAUCGUCGAAACGUACUUUCGAGGGCGGUGACAAUACGGAGGAGCAGGACGAUGAAAAUCGUCGGAAGAAACGAAAAGACACCGAAACCCCGAAAGAGAAUACAAAAACUAACACAACGGGACGGCAAAAUACCAGUAGAAACGCCGCUAGUAGUGGAGAAAAAUGUGCUAAGUCGGGUAAACAAGGAUCUGGAACAACGUCCGGGAAAGGGAAUCAAAAUGCAACUUCCGUCAGUGCGGACAGGAAGAGUCCCAGCACCUCUUCUAUGGCCAGUAGUCCAAAACCUUCGAAUACUCCCAGUUCGACAAACACGAAAACCGCCACCCCAGCGCCAUUGGAAUCCGACAGCGAGGAAGACCGACUGAAAUGCUCCGAUUCUAAUUCCGCUCCCAAAGUACCACCCUUGAAAAUAGUUAUUCCGCAGAGUACGGCAUCGGAACAAGAGCAAGGCAAUAGAAACGGUAAAAAUAUUACAAAUAGAAGUCAUCAGUUGCCCUACGUAGUUGCGAGCUCGAACAGCAAUGAUUCGUUAGAGAAAGAUCAAAGUCAAUCGGCCAGCGGUACAACCAGUCCUACGGAAGGUGGCACUAGUACAAAAGGGGAGGAUAAAAAAGAUUUUGGUGCGAUUUUGCACGGGGAGGAAAGGUCGACUCAUCAUCAACGAGUAUUGAGAAGUUCACACAGAACCGGAAAUGGCAAUAACGGUUCCACGGUGCAAAAAGAAAGUACACCUUCGUCGGGUAAUGGAAGUUAUUCCAAUUCGUCGCCCUUGCCAGCUAACGCUUCUAUGGAUCGAUCGAAUAAUUCCUCACCAUUACAAAGACAUCACUCACCGACGCCCGAGACAGCCGGAUCCGACGCUAGUAAGACUAGUUCGUCGGAAUCCGCAAAUACGGGGACCGCCUCGAAAUCCAGCGCAACUGUGGAAAAGUCGGAAAAAAAUAUGGAGUCCACCGGAAAGAAUCAAAAGGAUAGUAAUGCGGAAACCACAGAGAAUGUGUCGUCAGUGACAUCCUCUGCGAUAUCGAACACCAACACACCGGCACCACCUGUCGAGCUUCAUCCCAGAAAAAGAAAGAUGAAACCUAAUAAAGAGGCACAACAGGCUGCUACAGCCGCUAACGACGCGGCUGAAGCUACUAGUACGGGACCAGAAAUUCAUCCGCACGAUCAACCAAUUACCAAUUGUUAUCAGCUAUUUCUAAAUAUUAGAAAACAGAUCGAGAGAAGACGAAAGGGUUUAUUUCCGGUACAACCGAAACCUCCUCAAGGUUUUAAGGAUUAUUUGAUGAAUCGAUGUACAUAUGUGUUAGCUGGCAAUGUGAAGCACGAGCCGAAUAUCAAUCCACCGGUUGGUCUGCACGCGGCUAUGAAAGAUCUGUACGUUGAGCAAGAAAAGGAGCGAUAUCGUCUGAGAAUGCAACAUGUUGUUGAAAAAGAGAAAUUGGUUUUGUCAGUGGAACAAGAGAUUCUUAGAGUUCAUGGUAGAGCGGCCAGAGCGCUCGCAAAUCAAUCUCUUCCCUUCUCCGUUUGUACGAUUCUCAAAGACGAAGAGGUUUAUAACGUAAUCACACCGGAACAAGAAGAAAAAGAUAGAAACGCAAGAAGUAGAUAUAACGGCAGAUUAUUUUUAAGUUGGCUUCAGGAUGUGGAUGAUAAGUGGGAAAAGAUCAAGGAAGGUAUGUUGUUGAGACACCAUAAUGAAGCGGAUUCUUUGCACGCGGUUCAACGAAUGCACUGGGAGUGGAAGUUAAAGGAAGUGGGACUGUGUGAAUCUAAAGUAACUCCUCAAAUAGAAGAUGUUCAUGUUCCAAUGGUGCAUGUUUCAGAUGAUUUCGAUUUGUUACCAGCUUAGUGUACACUAUCUUGUAUUUGUAUAAGUUUUCUUACACCUAGUUUUCUUUUGGAACAACUUCGAGGACAAUGGCUUUAAUCUGUGAUCUCUAUCGAUAUAUACGCAUCUCUGUUAUCAUGUCAUUACCAAGUAUGUUAUAAGCAAACAUUUUCAAAGCAACACACAAUGAACUGCAAAAAAAAAAAAAUUUCAAGUGACAAACGUAUGUCGUAUUACGACAUAUGUACAGAUACGCGCGGAGAAACGUGAAUUAUAAAAAAAAAAAAAAAAAAAAAAAAAACCCG